AUGACCAGAUUGUAUCCGCAUUGGUCAGGGGAGACAACAUUCAGUUUUUCUCCUGGUAAGUAUUGGAUUCUUCUGCUGAUGUCAAUAUCAGUUCCAGCAACUUAUACAAAUUUGACGCUGUCUUACCUACAAUGCGAGCUAUGGCUUGCUUACCGCACUUGGCUCACAAAUCACAUUCAUGACCUCUACUUAUGA